AAAAAUUUGUUGCCAUAUCUUGGACCCAACAAAAUGAGAGAUUGUUUCUGCACCAUAAAUUUGGACCAGGAAGAAGUUUAUCGUACUCAAGUUGUUGAAAAAUCUUUAAGCCCAUUUUUCAGUGAAGAAUUUUACUUUGAGAUCCCAAGAACUUUCCAGUAUUUGUCUUUCUAUGUUUAUGAUAAGAAUGUUUUACAAAGAGACCUUCGUAUAGGAAAAGUAGCCAUCAAAAAAGAAGACUUAUGCAACCAUAGUGGUAGAGAAACUUGGUUUUCACUACAGCCUGUUGACUCCAAUUCAGAAGUUCAGGGUAAAGUUCACCUGGAAUUAAAACUGAAUGAACUGAUAACAGACAACGGAACUGUGUGCCAGCAGCUUGUUGUACACAUCAAGGCAUGCCAGGGGUUGCCUCUCAUCAAUGGACAAAGCUGUGACCCCUAUGCUACAGUUUCCCUCGUGGGCCCCUCGAGGAAUGACCAAAAGAAGACAAAAGUAAAGAAGAAGACAAGCAACCCACAGUUUAAUGAAAUCUUUUAUUUUGAGGUAACCAGAUCCAGUAGCUACACGAGGAAGUCCCAGUUCCAGGUGGAAGAGGAAGACAUUGAAAAGCUAGAAAUUAGGAUCGAUUUGUGGAACAAUGGAAAUCUAGUCCAAGAUGUUUUCCUAGGUGAAAUUAAAGUUCCGGUGAAUGUGUUAAGAAAUGAUACCUCUCAUCAAGCAUGGUACUUACUACAACCAAAAGACAAUGGAAAUAAGUCUUCCAAAACUGAUGACCUGGGAUCUCUUCGGUUAAAUAUAUGUUACUCAGAAGACUAUGUGCUUCCUUCAGAGUAUUACGGACCUUUGAAAACAUUGCUGCUAAAAUCACCAGAUAUCCAGCCCAUAUCUGCCUCAGCUGCUUACAUUUUGGGUGAAAUAUGUCGAGAUAAAAAUGAUGCUGUUUUCCCUCUUGUGCGACUGCUGCUGCAUCAUGAUAAACUCGUUCCUUUUGCCACCGCAGUGGCCGAAUUGGAUUUGAAAGACACACAAGAGGCAAAUACAAUAUUUAGAGGAAACUCCUUGGCUACUCGAUGUAUGGAUGAAAUGAUGAAAAUAGUUGGGGGGCACUACCUGAAAGUGACAUUGAAACCUAUUCUGGAUGAGAUAUGUGAAUCCUCAAAGUCCUGUGAAAUUGAUCCUAUUAAAUUGAAAGAGGGAGAUAAUGUAGAAAAUAAUAAGGAGAAUCUACGCUACUAUGUAGAUAAGUUAUUCAGUACAAUUGUAAAAUCAAGUAUGAGCUGCCCCACUGUAAUGUGUGAUAUCUUUUCUUCUCUAAGGAAAAUGGCUACUCAGAGAUUUCCUAAUGACCCGCAUGUUCAGUAUUCUGCAGUGAGCAGCUUUGUAUUUCUGCGUUUCUUUGCUGUAGCCGUAGUAUCACCUCAUACUUUUCAUUUGCGACCUCAUCAUCCAGAUGCACAGACAAUUAGGACAUUAACUCUCAUCUCAAAAACCAUUCAAACUUUGGGAAGCUGGGGCAGUCUGUCCAAAAGCAAGUCAAGCUUCAAAGAGACAUUCAUGUGUGAAUUUUUCAAAAUGUUUCAAGAAGAAGGAUAUAUGGUAGCAGUAAAAAAGUUCCUCGAUGAAAUUUCAUCUACUGAAACUAAAGAGUCCAGUGGUACAAGUGAGCCUGUGCACCUGAAAGAAGGUGAGAUGUAUAAAAGAGCUCAGGGAAGAACACGGAUUGGAAAGAAGAAUUUCAAGAAACGGUGGUUCUGCUUGACAAGCAGAGAGCUCACCUACCACAAGCAGCCAGGUAGCAAAGAUGCAAUUUACACAAUUCCCGUGAAAAACAUCCUAGCUGUGGAGAAACUGGAAGAGAGCUCUUUCAACAAGAAAAAUAUGUUCCAAGUUCUACAUGCGGAGAAACCCCUGUAUGUCCAGGCAAAUAAUUGUGUGGAAGCCAAUGAGUGGAUAGAUGUACUUUGCAGGGUUAGCCGGUGCAACCAAAACCGGCUCAGCUUCUAUCAUCCCUCCGCAUUCCUGAAUGGAAACUGGCUCUGCUGCCAGGAGACCAGUGAACACACUCUGGGCUGCAAGCCAUGCACUGCAGGUGUCCCUGCAGACAUUCAAAUAGAUAUCGACGAAGACAGAGAAACAGAAAAAAUGUACUCCCUUUUUACCCUCAGUAUACAUAAGCUGCAGAAAAUGGAAGAGGCUUGUGGAACUAUAGCAGUCUAUCAGGGACCGCAGAAGGAGCCUGACGAUUAUUCUAACUUUGUAAUCGAGGAUUCUGUAACAACCUUUAAGACAAUUCAGCAAAUAAAAAGCAUCAUAGAGAAGUUGAAUGAACCUCAUGAGAAAUACAGGAAGAAAAGAUCAAUUAGUGCAAAAUAUGGGAGCAAGGAAAAUCCAAUUGUUGGGAAAGCAUCUUAAGAGCUUGACUACCUGAUUCAGAAGAACUGGAAAAUACAUGGACAUUGGCUUUUAUGUUACCUAUGUUCACAUUGUAUUUAAUAUUUAAUAAUUGAGAUUAACUGUUUGGGAAUCCUAGUAUUAAUGUUUUACUAGUGGAUUUGAAACCCAAGGUCCUCUUCCUAUCGUAUGUGUCCAAAGCCAUGUUUCUGCAACUUCUUUUUAAUAGAAAGAAUCUUCCGAAAGAAGAUUUCACCGAAGUUUUGUAACAAAGGGAGAACUCUUCUGUAGCAAGAAGCCAUCUCUUCUUGUAACACUCGUUCAUGUGUGUGGACUUGUUCUCACAACCGUUGGUGCCUGUUCUACACUGCCAACAGUGUUUUCCUGGACGGUCCUGUCUGGACAACUUGGAGCUUUCCUUUCAUCCCACUGGGACAAAGGGAAAAAAAAAGUUUUCCUUAGGACCAUUAAUCAUUACAGGUUACAUUUGGGACAGCAACAGAAACUUUUAAAAACUUCUAGAGCAUCCUUGAAAUUUGGUAAAUGCUCUUGCCUCUUUACUGAUGUAAACAGGACUUGGGUAGGGAAUUAGGGAAUUUGCUGUUGUGGCCUCUUGUUUACAUUUGGAAUGCGUGAGGGCAGACAGAUAGAAGGACACCACUUGCAUUCCUCUCCAUCCUUUUGACGAUCAGGUACUUGUGUUCUUAAUUUGAGGGUUGAGGUUAACAGGACUUCCAAAGAAAAGAAAGUUAUCCAUGAGCCAGAGCUGCCCUCCCACUACCACGGGCGGCUGACCUCUGGGUGCCUUCCUCAGAGUGUCAGGCUGAGUCCUCACUCGAGAACAGUCACUUCUCGCACUUUAGUAAUCUGGACUGCCCCAGGUUAUACUGUAGAUACUCCGUGGUAUCUAAUCUUUAUGAUCAGUUGAAUGAUCAGUGUUGAACUAUAUAAAUAAUGCUUUCCCGAAAAUGUUUAUAUUUCAUGGCUCUUUCCUUGCUGCCUGCCAGCCAGAUGGAAUUUGGGGGAGCACCUAUUUUCCCUAAUAACUUCCUUUUGUCCUAAAGACCAUCGCUGUAAACAAGCAGUCUGGCGAGCUGCGACCUUGAUGUUAAGGAGGGAUUCACUUUGUUUCAUCAGUAUUAAAAACCAUGGUACUCGUGUCUUUUUUAGUUCCAAACAACGUUUUCUAAUUGUGGUACUUUGUUCUGGAGUAUUUAUACGUGUUUCUGUUUAAAACUGUGAUUUAGUAAUAUAAGUCUGGUUAUUCAUGCUUUAGUUGUUUCCCUGAGCAUAAGCUAUAUUUCAAGAUAUAUUUUGGCAAAUAUGUGGAUGAUUAUUGUUAAAUUAUAUUGUUAUUAGGUAAUGACUUUAAAGACUAUUUGACGUACAAUCAGAAUAGUUCCACACAUGAUUGUAAUUGAGUGAUGCAGUUCUUUUUAUGACUUGUAAAAAUCAGUUGGCUUUACUUAAGAAUCAUUACUAGUCUGCAUUGUGGCCAGUUACUACGCCUGGCACGUUUUAAAGACAAAUUUUAUGAGUUUGUAGAUUACAUAAACGGCAUUGAUUAAUAAAUCAAUUUAAAUGAUGGAGUAAUUUAACCACUUAAUAAAUUUCUCCAUCUUGGAGUUUCAUUGAGAUGAAAAUUCCUUGUAAAAAUCUCUGAGCUGUCUGUCUAAAAAGGGCAUGAGCAUCACCAGGGCUUCUCAUUACUUUCCAGUGACUCUUUUUCUUCUGUAUUUUUUAAAAAGUCAAAAUAAAUAAUCUAAUAUUUCUCAUAUAUAAUCCCCAAUUAUGAUUCAAUAUCAUGGCAUUAUCAAAGGGACCAGGGCAGUGUGUAUAGCUAACUCUGGAUUUGAAGGGAAGAACCCCGUCGCACGGUUACUUUUUUCCUUCGACACAUUUAACCAGGUGGACUAGAAUUAACCAGGUUAGCACAGUCUAAGAGUAGUGAUAAGAAAUGAAAUCAUAGUGAUAAGAAAUGAAAUCAUUUGUUCUCUGAAAGUCAUCCAACAUGAGAGCGGUCUUCCCUCUUUCAGUGAAGUUCUCAAUAACCCAGGUACUUGUUUCCAGGGGCCGCCUUCCUCUGUCGUCACCCGGGAGUGCUUUUUCAUUAGACCUGCUCCUCUUUUACCCACAUUUCUUUCUCUCUUGAAGAGAUACUUGGCAGCCCACUUCAGCCUGAAGUCCUGAGGAAGAGGAGCAAGGUGGCAAUGAGGAAGGCCUGCCAUACACGCUAGUUCUGGUUCUUAGUCUAACCUUGUCCAUCCGUUGACAAUGUACUGUGUUACUAGUUUUGCGUUGUUUGUUCUUUUUUGGUUUAGCUUUAUUUUGUUUUUUAAUAUGAUGGGCAAUAAAUAGCAAAAAGUUUUACUCCCAGGAGUAAAUUUAAAUUAUCAAAUUUAAACUAUUUUAUUUGCCAAGUAAAUAUUUUUAAUAUCACAGAUAAUGGUUAAGUGUCAAAACGAAGGGGUUUUUCAUGUAAAAGGUGACAAAUUAUUGUGACUUUUGUUUCUACUCCUGAAGCCUACUCUUAUUUACCCAGAAAGGCUCCUUCAUGCCAGGUUUUUUAAAAACAGGCUGUUUUUUCUUUAAGUGAAAGAGCACCUUUAAUGUUAUAACGGUACCUCCUGUGAAUCAGAAUGUUAGAGAGGCUUUUAGGUGUCCUUACAAUAUGUGAAAAAAAAUGAGACUUAUUCCAGAAGUAAAUACCAGACUAGAUUGACACUAUGUGCUUCCAUUUUGGUUAACUUAGAAAUUAAUACAUUGCUAAUAAAUACUGAUUUUUUUACAGUGUCCAAUUUGAAAUACAUAAGUUAUCAAAAACUUAAAUGUAGUGAAUUUGUGUAACCAUGUACUGUUGAGAAUGUAUUUUUAUUUAAAUUUUAUUUUCUUAUCAAGAGUAUUAUAUAAAUUAAAAACUUUUGUAACUGUCGCUUGGAAUAACUAAAAUAAA